AUGGGUAUUCUCCCGCGCAAAGCUCCAGUUAAAAUGAGGCCUGGAUACUGGAUGGAUAUGAUCAGCAAACCAUCACAGCCAGUGAAGCCGGAGUUUGAAGAGUCUACCAAGCGUAGUUACCUUGGAAGUUACGAACAAGAAUUUCGAGAAGUACUCCUACCUGAUCCUAAUUUCUUCAUGGGAAGUUUGCUCAUUAUUACCAGGUUUGUGCAAUGUCUGCAACCGGCCGAUCCACGUUACUGGUUUGAGAAUUUGACCAUGAAUGUUAUCGAAUACUAUCUACGCUGGUAUCUCGAAGGCCACAAUGUUCGAUCUUUGCUGGGCUUUCAGGUCAAAGUUCGAUACUGUUUGAAGGUCUUUUACAUAACAAACCGGCAGAGAAGCCAACAUGCAACACUGCAGAAGAUGAUGACUGCUACCAGUGCACAUCCUGGGACCCUUGUUUGUAACACUGGUUACUGCAGAAAGGAAAAGGAUGCACUUCGCUGGGGAGAUAUCGAGCUCUUCAUGGUUAUGGAUCCCGAACGCCCUACCUGCAAGGUUCUUCUCAUGCACGUAAAGCACCGACUCAACAAGGGCAAGAGGAACAAUGGCAGAGCUCCGAGGUAUAUCUAUAUCGAGCGGAAUGACAAUCUGGGACUCUAUGUGAUCCAAGACAUCCUAGAGUAUGUGUUAGAGGACCAAGUCUUUGCCAGUGAAUUUAUUCAAGAGCCCCGAGACAUCUGGUGCUACACCGAUAUACCAGCGCAUCGGAAGAGUGUUCCCAUUCAUAUCAAGGCGGAAAAGCAUCAUAUACCAAUAUUUCGACGUGCGGCUCGAAAUGGAAAAGGGAAGUGGAUUACACAUCCCACAGGGCCUCUGACAUAUGCACAACUCGCAGAAGAUCAUCAUCGAGAGUGUAGAGCUGCAGGCGCUAAAGAUACAGCUCUGGCCGCCCUUGACUUUAAGAACCGAGAUGUCAGCAUCGUUCCUGAUGAGGAGUGUGUGGAAGAUCGCAUGCUGUCUCUUGAGCUUCGUCUCGCUCUGAACCGCCUCACUGUGCCCAGGCACCUGGCCCGGAGAGUUAAACCGGAGGUCCCAGCCCAAGAUAUUUUGUCUGACUUCCCAACUCAGGCUCCUACUAGUUUAGAGUGCCCUGAGUGCCUGGGUGACGACAGGUAUCCCGAAGCACGGGAGUUCAGCUAUUGCAACAUUAUUACCACCAUGUUACGACGGCAUCAAUUCAUCUGGAUAAUGAAGGGAAUUGAAGCGGAGAGAGUUAAGUUUGAACUUACACUCGAGAGCACAGUAAAAGGCAUUGUACUCCGUGAUGCUUCUUCCAUGGUAGUAUUAGGGAUUUCCAAAUUUAGUGUCACCAAUGCCGUCAUUGGGCCUAGGAGGCGGCAUCACGAGGGGUUCAAGCGGGUAGGCCCGCUGCAUAGGUUGCCCGUAACAUUCGGGGUAGGCUUCAACAGGUUGAGGGUACCCAGGGUAUGCGGGCUGGGGUCCCGGCGGCAGAGCGCUGUGGGUAAGGAGCGUGUUUAUCUACAUGGUGGAAUCCCCUGA